AUCAAACGAAAAGUCUUCUCCACCUUGUUGACUCCGUCUGCUAAAUUUUACAAUUUCACCUCUCUCACCCCAAAAUCUCUCUCUUUAUCUUCAUGUUUGUAUAGAGUAGAUUUGGUUUUGUAAUUGCUGUAUAUAUAAUUAUAUAUACACGCGUCUGUAUAAGCAGCAAAUAUGGCGCCGAGGCGGUGGGAGACGGCGGAUAGUGGCGGAAUAGGAAACUCGGCUACUUCUUCACCGGCUAUGUCUCCGUCGCAUCGGAUGAAGAACGGAGGAGGAAUCUCCGGCAGAAGCACGCUCCGGAAGCAAAACGCCGCCGAGCUGCUCGCUAAAGUCAUGGAGAAGCGUGACUACGACUAUGAUUACGAAGAUGAAGACGGAGACGAAGAUCUGUACCAGGUACAUCUUCCGCCUCUCUCCACCAUUCGAAGACGAGAUGAUAAGCGUUUCGGUAAGGGUUCGGUCAACGGGAAGGAGGCUCCGGCGCCGGCGAAACCGGUCGUAGCUCCGCCUAAAUUUGACGAUGAAUCCUCCGACGGUGAUGAAAUUACGCCCGAUUUGUCACGGAAUCCGGUGAGGGUUCCUCAAAGGAAUGUUAGGGGUUCGAAAGAAGCUCCGGCGGCGAAACCCGUCUUGCUUCCGCCUAAAUUUGACGAUGAACUCGACGGAGACGAAACUACAGCCGAUUUGCCACGGAAUCCAGUGGAGAUUCAUCAAAAGAGUGGUAGGAGUACACUCAGGGUAAGAGUUCCGGCAGAUUCUCGUCGGAGUCCGAUUGAGGAUUGUGAGCAUAAUGGAGAAGGGAAACUCAAUGGAAGCAAUGUUCAAUUUGAUGCGCCUGCAAAACAAUCGGAUGCUCAAUUAAAGUAUAAGAAAAGUUUCAGGUUUCGCCCAUCGGAAAUUGCAGCACCGAUUACCUCUAAUCACCUGGAAGAUGAUCGAGAAGCUUCGGCCCUGCGUGAUGAAUUAGAUAUGCUUCAAGAAGAAAACGAUAAUAUACUGGAAAAACUUCGGCUCGCUGAAGAAAGACGCGAAGCAGCAGAAGCAAGGGCUAGAGAGCUCGAGAAACAGGUUGCUUCUCUAGGUGAAGGAGCAAAUUUUGACGUCAAGCUCUUGAAGAGGAAAGAAGCAGCAUUGCGUCAAAGAGAGGCGGUAUUGAGGGCUGCUGAACAAAAAAGAGAUGGAAGCCACAGGGAAACUGAUGCCUUUCGUUCAGAAUUUCAGAGCUUGAAAGAUGAAGCAGAGAAGGCCGUGGAACAGCUCCAGGAGGCUGAAGCUGAAACAAAGUCUCUUCGGACAAUGAUACAUAGAACGAUUUUGACUCAAGAGGAAAUGGAGGAAGUUGUUCUAAAGAGAUGCUGGCUUGCUCGCUACUGGGAACUAGCUGUUCAACAUGGAAUAUGUGAAGACAUAGCCACAUCAAGACAUGAACAUUGGUCAGCUUUAGCUCCUCUUCCCCUUGAAGUUGUCCUUUCUGCUGCCCAAAAGCCUGAAGACUCCUGGCAGACAGGUGGUAGCGAUCGCACUUGGAGCAAAGUAGUCAGUAAAUUCAGUGAUGCAAAUGGAGACGGAAACAUAGAGAGUAUGCUUGCUGUUGAAACGGGUUUGCGGGAGAUAGCAUCCUUGAAGGUCGAGGAUGCUUUAAUGCUUACACUUGCCCGGUAUAGACAAAAAAAUCUAGUCCGACAAUCUGACACUGAUCCCAGGGCGCAAGGGGAACCUAAGUUUGCCGAAGCAUUUGAGUUGAGUGAAGAUGAACGACAGGAUAUUCUCUUUAAAGAGGCAUGGCUGCUGUAUUUCUGGAAAAGAGCUAAAAUACACGGCGUGGAAAGUGAUAUCGCGGAAGACCGUCUUAAGUUCUGGAUCAGCCGUAUCGGAGAACAGCCAUCAUCACAUGAUGCAGUUGAUGUGGAAAGAGGAAUGAGGGAGCUAAGGAAACUUGGGAUAGAACAACAAUUGUGGGAAACAUCUCGCACAGAACUCAUGGACUCCACUUUUAUUCCUUCUCUUUCCGUUUCUGACUACUGUGACGAGUGACGACUGAUAACAAUAGAAACUCUUCCAUCAUUAACACGUCUCUCAUCACUGUUCCAAAGUGUAUAUGCGUUGCUUUCAGACUUGUUAGUCGUUGAUCCUAUUGUUUGGGAUAUUGUGGGCUUCAUGUUGUUGUUACUUGUAUAACACUCUUCAUCAUCUUACCUUACCCAAAAUCUAUUUAAAUUAAAAAUGUUCAUUUGGUCUGAUUCGGUUAAGGAAAAACCAAAAAAAAAUAUGGCCAAU